AUGUCAUUUGCUAGUGCCGCUGCCAUCAGAAAGAGUCUUCAAAAACCUUCCACCAUCCUAGUGGACGUUAGAACAGGGCUGGAGGCAAUGAUCUCGGGAAAGAUUGAAGUAGAAGGACACAAGACAUACCAAUCUUCCUUUGUUUCGAGUAUCGCCAAGGAGUGGGAUAGAGAUACUGAUAUCAUUGUGUAUUGUGCAUCGGGGGCCCGAUCAGCUGGUGCCAAGGGAACUUUGGAAGGUAUGGGAUUCAAGACUGUAUUGAAUGGAGGGGGUUAUUCUGAUAUGAAAUCGAUGGGGUUUUAG